AUGGAUUUGCCAUCCAUGGCAAAAGAAAAUCCAGUCGAGCUCAGGAAGAUCUCGGACGGCGCUGCAAAGCAUUUGCAUACCCUUCAGGCAUUGAAGCGUCCUACAAAGCGUUGGGACGAUCUUCUCGUUCUUAUCUUAACCUCCAAACUUGAUUCGAUCACGCUACGCGAGUGGGAAAUAUCUCUAACAGAAAACGAACUUCCAUCACUUAAACAGCUGUUGGAAUUUAUCGCUCAUAGAUGUCAAGUUCUUGAGGCCACCGCGUCUGCCGCUGUCACAAAAAAGAACGAAACAAAAUCACAAUCAAAUAUUAAGCGGCAAUCGUCUUGUGCGGCCACCGUUAAAUCUAAAUGUCAUUUCUGUCAGGGCGAUCACGCCAUCUAUUACUGUAAAAAUUUUGUGGCGUUUCCGGUCCCACAGAGGGCCGCGGAAAUUCGCAGCCGCAAAUUAUGCACUAAUUGCUUGCGCUCCUCCUCUCACACUUCGGAUAAGUGUACUUCCGGUCAAUGUAAAGUGUGUCAGGCAAGGCACAAUACACUUCUACACAUGCCUUCGACCACGGAGGCAUCAACUAACAAUUCUAAUAAGGAGGUUGCACCCAAGGCACCUUCCGUCUUAGCGACCCACGCGUCAGGAUCAUUCGGCGGUCAACAAGUUAUACUCUCUACUGCAGUUGUGCAUGCAUACGACAGUGAGGGCUCGCCAAGAGCAUGUCGUGUUUUAUUAGAUUGUGAGUCACAGGCGAACUUCGUGUCAAAGAAGUUUGUGAAGGCUCUCGGUUUACAAACACGCCCGUUGAGCGUAUCUAUUUCUGGCGUCAAUGGAACACUCACUACUUCCAGUCAGGUCGCUCAGAUUAAAUUACAAUCGCGAUUCUCUCAAUUCGUACACCGGGAUCAUUGA